AUGAACUAUGUUAGUGAUUUUAAUAAGGCUAAUAUGUUAGAUGUGCUAGUAGUUGCAGGAUUCACUAAUGAGAAGAUCUUUCAUAAAGGAGUUGUCGACAAAAGGAUAGAAAAUCCAAUCGCUGUGUUUGAUUUUCAUGAGGAAACCACUUGUAAUGCAGAGGAUAAGAUGCAACAGAACGGUAAAAGCAGAGGUGAUCAAGUUAAAGAAGCUGGUGAAGUGCUGAAGGUGCAGUUGAAGGAGUGUGGAAACAAGCAAGCAAUGGUUUCUUGUCGAGUGGAAGCCUUUGGGAAAAUAUGUCAAUCCUUUGAUGACCGGAGGAAGAAGUGGGUGAGGGAAAUGGGGUUCGGAGAACUGCUUUGUCUAGUGGACAGGUCGCUUUUGAAGAACCUUUGCUAUUGGUUGACGACACGAAUUGUUCCAAUUGACGAGCUUUUCAGAGAUUCUGAUGGACGUGUGUACAAACUAUCCAAGAAUCAAGUUUGGUGGGUCCUUGGAAUCCCAAAAGGCAACAAGGUUGUUCCUAGGAGGGUGAUGGAUGAGGAGAUGAGAAGCAAAGUUGAAGAUAUUGAGAGGAAUUAUGGUGCAAAAUGGGAGUUUGCGAGAACAAGGAGGAAUUGUGUUGAAAAAUAUAAGGGAAUACUUGCAAACAACACAUUGGUAAACAAAGGAAAGGGGAAUUGGGAAGAGGAGCAGGAAGCAGAGUUCAAAACUGUUUUCUUGAUUCUGGUGUUGCAAAUGGUGCUUUGUCCGUCACAAAGUAAAAGCCAUAUACUGGAGUCAGAUUUGGUACCUGCACUGACAUGUGCAAUGCAAGCAAAAGACUAUGAUUGGUGCGGUUUGGUGUUGGAGAAGCUUUUUGACAAUGGCUGCAGAUUUGCAAACAAGUUCAAUGCAAAUGGAUAUGCUAGAGGAUGUGGAGGUUGUAGUAUCUUCCUAGCAAUAUUUUACCUUGAUCGAUUGGAUAGAAAUCCAGUGAUGUGGGGAAAAUGGCCCAGAAUAACAGCGUGGACAAAGGAAGAGAUGGUGAAAGCUAGUGCUGAAGAUAGGUUGGCUCGUCAGGGAGAUUUUGGAAACUUAGGGUGCAUAGAUGUAGCUUAUGGUGUAAGGCAUCCUCGAGAGGCUAGGGAUACUAAUGAAUUAACAUAUUUUGCAGAAGAGUUCGUGCGGAGUCUAGACGGAGAUAUCCAAUCCCUAGAGUCACAGCAAGAGAAAACAAUGGUUGAAUGUAGUAAUGACGACAUAUACAAAAGAAAAAAGCCAAGAAGGAAGAGGAGAUCAAUAUCAGCUUUGUGUCCUGAGCUGCUGCAUACGAGGAAAAAGGCUAAGAGAAGAGGGGUCCAGUCUGGUGUACUAGAUGCGUUUGCACGGGCUACUAAAGUUCCUGUUGUUUCCAAAGUUGCAAGAGGUGGGUACUCUUCAGUAUCAGGCAAAAAUUCAAAGAAGAAUGCAUCGCGUGAGAAGUUGUCACUACCUCAGAAGGCCCGAAAUCUGUCAGAAAUUGAUAAUGGUGAGCAGAAUGGAAAAAUGUUAGUCAAUACUGGUGAGAGGCCUAUUGAGAGGGAAGAGCGAAAUGAUGAAGGCGAGAAUGGAGAUGGUGGAAACAUAUCUUUGGCUAAGGAGGCUGCUAAAUUGGGAGUGGUGAUGGAGCCAAUAGGUGACAGUGGUACGGAUAAAAUGGCAUUUCAAACUUCAAAUGAAGAAUGCGGGAAUAGCGAUGGUGAAAAUAUACCAUUAGAUAUGGAGGUCGCAGUAGUGGCUACUGAUUGUGCAAUGGUGGUGACAGAGCCAAUGGGAGAGAGAGGUGGAGAUAUGCAGUCUCCAACUUCAAACGAAGUGCCUAGCACUACAUCUCAUGAUUUAAAUGGGUGUUCAGAGGAAAAUAACAAAAUGUUGCUGUGGGUUCUGGUUUUGUUGAAGCACCAUUUUUGGAGAAGAAUGUUGAGAUCAUGCCAUCUCCGGGUUCUUGGAUUGCUAUUGAAAAAGCUGUUAAGGAGAUGGAUUCACUAAUGGAACAACUGGGAAAGCUCCGGGAAAAAAAUGUCAACAUGAGCAGUAACUGGAGUGAGGAUAGUGUUGUAGAGAUGCAGAUGGAGACUUGUGACAAAAGAAUCAUCCAUGGAAAAAGCCAUGAUAGUGUUAGAGAGGGUAUUCCUCCAUCUCAAAUUACGCAUACAACGGGUGUUAAUGCAACGCUGGUGAGUGGCUCAUGCUCAAAUCCUGUAACUAUAGCUGAUGACAGUGAUGAUGGCAAAAUUGACCCUUUUGAAGUCGUAUGUAAGGAGAAUGAAGAUAGGAUGAGUAAGCUUAAGAGAAAACUAUCCAAACUGCAAGCAUCCAAGUUAUAACUAACUGUAUGUUAGCUAGUCCUUGUUUGCAUAUCAUGUACUCUAUAACUAUUAACUACCAUCUCGAGGAGUUAUCUCUUGAUGAUUUGAUUAGCGCGUGUGUGGUUACGCCGUUAAGUAGGUCGAAUGGUGUAUUUUGCUCAACUUCAUUGUGAAAUUUCAUUUAAAACUUAACUCA